UGCCAGAACACAGUAAGCAAGGCACAUUAACUCCAGCCUCGUGUCCACCUUUAAUUGGCCAACACAAUGCAAUUGAAUAUGAAUUCCAGGUGGCUUUGGAAAUGAAAGAGAACUGAGCCCUGGCUGGAAGCUGAACGUGAUGACGGCCUGGUCUAUGGUAGGGAAGCUGAAAAUGGAGAAGAGGCACUCCAGAGGAGACAGAAAUGUGGAACAAGAUGCUGGGGAAUGCAGUGCUGAAUCUGAGGAAUGGACGAGCUCAGAAAGUGAACCUGAGCAACCGUACUUCAGAAGCAGCUGUAGCAAUACUCAGUGGAGAGAAAAGGAGGUUUCCACUAAACCACAUCGGCCACUCUGUCGCUCCCCUUGCUUGGAUCGCCCAAGUUUUUCACAGAGCAGUAUCACACAAGACUUGAAGCUAGAUGAAUGCAAAACAAAUUUGGACAAGGAAUACCAAGCUAAAAUGGAUUUUGCUUUAAAGCUUGGGUAUGCAGGAGAUCAGAUCCAGGCUGUACUGAAUAAACUGGGAGCAGAUGCACUCAUCAAUGAUGUUCUGGCAGAGCUUGUGAGACUUGGCAACAAAAGUGAAUCAGAGGGACAAAGCAGUGCCAGCAGUACCACCAGUACUCUGGUGCCAAGAGGCCCUUGCCCAAAGGAAAUAGCAAGCCCUGAACUGUCACUUGAAGAUGAAGUUGUGGAUAACAGCGAUAACCUGAGGCCAAUUGUCAUUGAUGGAAGCAAUGUGGCUAUGAGCCAUGGGAAUAAAGAAGGCUUUUCCUGUCGGGGGAUUCAACUAGCUGUGGAUUGGUUUCUGGAGAAAGGACAUAAAGAUAUCACUGUGUUUGUACCUGCGUGGAGGAAAGAACAGUCUCGACCUGAUGCACCAAUUACAGAUCAAGAAAUCCUACGUAAAUUGGAGAAAGAGAAAAUCCUUGUUUUCACCCCAUCUCGAAGAGUUCAGGGAAGAAGAGUGGUUUGCUAUGAUGACCGAUUCAUAGUGAAGCUUGCUUUCGACUCGGAUGGUAUCAUCGUAUCCAAUGACAACUAUCGGGAUCUUCAGAAUGAAAAACCAGAAUGGAAGAAGUUCAUAGAGGAGCGGCUGCUGAUGUAUUCUUUUGUGAAUGACAAGUUUAUGCCUCCUGAUGAUCCUUUAGGACGCCAUGGUCCAAGCCUUGAAAAUUUCUUAAGGAAAAGGCCAGUUAUUCCUGAGCAUAAGAAACAACCGUGUCCUUAUGGUAAAAAGUGCACCUAUGGGCACAAAUGUAAAUAUUACCACCCAGAACGGGCAAACCAGCCUCAAAGGUCAGUAGCGGAUGAGCUUCGAAUAAGUGCCAAAUUAUCUGCUGUGAAAACUAUGAGUGAGGGAGCCUUGGCCAAAUGUGGCACAGGGCCAUCCAGCUCCAAAGGAGAAAUCAGUUCUGAAGUGAAACGCAUUGCCCCAAAACGUCAGUCAGAUCCAAGCAUUAGAUCAGUAGCUGUGGAGCCUGAGGAAAAGUUAUCAAUAGCCCGGAAGUCUGAGGCCAGCUCUGUCCCGUCUCUGGUUUCUGCAUUAAGUGUACCAACGCUCCCUCCACCAAAAAGCCAUGCAGCUGGUGCAUUAAAUACUCGCUCUGCAAGCAGCCCGGUGCCAGGUUCCUCACAGUUCAUGCAUCAGAAAUCCUCACUGGAACAUAUGUCCAGUGUGCAAUAUCCUCCUAUACUAGUCACCAAUAGCCAUGGCACCUCAGUUAGCUAUACUGACCAGUAUCCCAAAUAUGAAUCAUUGGGGGACCAUGGCUAUUAUUCCUUACUCAGUGAUUUCUCCAACUUGAGCAUAAGUAGUAUCCGUAACACAGAUUAUUACGGGGCUGAUAUGGACCAGGGGAUGUAUUCUAGAAACUCAAGCCCCUGUCCUGACAAUUGCUUAAGCCAUACAAGUAAUGAUUCUUAUUCCUCUUACAAUGACUUGUAUCUGGGUGUAGCAGAUGCCAGUUCAGAAGACAAUGUGAAGAUCCACAGACUGCCAUCGCAAAAUCGUCUUCAGCCUUUUUCCCAUGGUUACCAUGAAGCCUUAAAUAGAGCUCAGAGUUAUGGAAGUGAAGAGCCUAAGCAAUCCCUUCGCAAACAGUCAGUUUCCCACUUAGGCCUCCAUGCCCAGCAUCCAGUUGUUGGAGCACGGUCCAGUUGUCCAGGAGAAUACCCUGUGCCUCAAAAUGUUCAUCCAUCCACUGCACAACCAAGCCGUGCCUUGGUCAUGACAAGAAUGGACAGUAUUUCUGACUCACGGCUUUAUGAAAGUAACCCCACGAGGCAGAGACGACCACCUCUCUGUCGAGAGCAGCAUGCUAGCUGGGAUCCAUUACCGUGUGCAUCAGACUCUUACACUUACCACUCCUAUCCAUUGAGUAACAACCUCAUGCAGCCAUGUUACGAACCUGUAAUGGUAAGAAGCAUGCCUGAGAAGAUGGAGCAGCUCUGGAGGAAUCCCUGGAUUGGGAUAUGUGGGGAACCACGGGAACCUCAUAUCAUUCCAGAACAUCAGUAUCAAACAUACAAGAACCUCUGCAAUAUUUUCCCUCCAAGCAUUGUCCUUUCUGUGAUGGAAAAGAAUCCCCACAUGACAGAUGCACAACAGUUGGCAGCUAUGAUUGUUGCCAAAUUAAGAACAGGGCGUUAAAGCAUUACAGCCUCUUUUGGAUAGAUGAAACUACGCAGCAUAUAGGACCUGGAGGAGAACGUACAUGAAGAAGGAAGGGGCCAAUCUGUUGUAAAUAUUUUCUACUAAGAUAGUAUAAAAUUCUGUACACAGUAGCAAUCAUAUAUAUGCUGAGGCACUAUAUAAGAGUUUGAUUGUAUUGUAAAUUUUAAGGUUUUAAAUAUAGGGAUUUUUAAUAGUAUUUUAUAGGAAAUGCAUACCUUGCUGCAUGGAUAGCUCAUUAAGAACUACAAUGUCACGUUCAGUGUCUCAAAGCUGUUACUACAAAAUUCUUGUUAGCAAUUAUAUUGCAUGUAUUCGUGUACACUUUCAAUUUCCUUAGAAAUACCUAAUCGGCCUUUAAAAGUAAGCUCUGUACACACCCAGAUGACUUCUAGGGUUUCAGCUUUGCCAUUUGACACUGCCCGCUGGCAUAGGAAAUACUGAAGGAAAAGUAAACUUGACAGAAAUUAAAAUCCUCACUUUGUAAAAGGAAAAAACUGAUUUCAGCUUUUGGCACUUCAAUUUCAAAACUGUUCCCCAGGAGUUUUGGUGUCUGUCACAGCGUCCAAUACGUUGGCUCCAUCCAACAGAAGCCACGUUAGGACCAAACCCAUUAAGGGGUGUGAGGGUGUGAGUGCCAUUCAGUACAUUAAAACAAGGUUAACUGUAGCUUCUCUCUUCAGAAUCGCCUCCCGGCUCUGCACUAAGCAGCUGCUGCCCCCAGGGACCAGCCAAGCUGAAAGCAAAUGGCCAGGUUUGUGUAAGUUGGAUUACUCCACCUGAAGCAGCAGACACUGGAUGUUUAACAGGGAAGUUUGUCAGUAACUACAGCCCUUCCUCUGGGGGCAAGGAUGGUGGCUGAGUGAGCCUGACCUUCACGGUGGCUGUACAAGAUCAACUUGAGAAGGGGCUGGAGGGGAAAGGCUGCUUCUUGAAAAGAGAUGCUCCAGUUUGGGUUUAUGGCAAAGCUGGGCCUGGUUUUUGCUCUUCAGAUCCACGCAAAGGUGUGCAUUUGCCUCAUGAAGGCUUUUAGAGUUCCUGUUUCAACAGGUGAGAUAAUUUUGUGUGGCAUUGUUUGCGCAACUGGUAUCUUGCUCAGGGUGGGAACCUUUGUAGCUAAAUGUCUCCAAAAGAGGCGUUUAUUGUUUUUUAAGCUGCACUGACUGGACGCCCUUUUUUGAAUCCAUUGUAUAUUUCAGCAUUUGGAACCAUUACUAACUCGACACAGCUCGAGCUAGGACUUGUUGACUUCUACUGUAGUUUUUUUCAUGAAAGUUGAGAAAGGCCUGGUUUAUGGCCUUUUGUUUCUUCAUGAGAAGGUGUGACACUGCCUAAAUGUUUCUUACUGUGAAACACACGGAACGUGAGGCUGCAGUCAGGGUUGUUUCUGGUGUUUUGAUAAUGGCUUGCAUGCUGCUUCCUAGUUACCUGUCUGAGGAACAACGUUCUCUCAUUUCUUCCACUUGUGUUACUGUAAGGGUUAGUUUGAUUCAACAUAUCUUGUGGGCUCUUUAUCAUGUGCAAAAUCUGUUCCUGUCAUACUAAAACCAAACCCCCAAAUAAGAACAAACCACAAUUACAGGUGCAACUGCAGUUGACUUACUGACAUUUUGAUAACUGUAUCACUUCACACGGGAUAAACAUCCUUGUGUUGGUACAGGUAACAGACACAAUGGCCACGUCAUCACGUAUCUAAGAUCAGUUAUCUGCCUUGAAGGUGAGUCUGUAUUUACACUCGGUGUUUGCAAAUGAGAUUGAGUUGGUUAUUGUCUGUUAAAGGGGAAAAAAGGAAAAUCUUCAGACAUUUAAAACAGUUGGAGAAAAGAUUUAACUCUGGACAAGUUUUCAAACCAAUUUCUUCUUAACCUGCAUCUUCUCUUUUUGAUUUGCAAUUAAUUCUUAUUCUCUUCUCUUGCAUGGUAUAAAGCAGCUGAGAGCAAUGCCUCAAAUAACCAGAAAUGACCUUUUGUUUGUUGAUACAAAUUGUAUCUCUUUUUCUUGAUUGUAUAAAAACUGUGUAUAAAAAGAAAAUAAUAAUCUCUAGAUUAACUUCAGUAUUACAUUUUCACCACAACGUGUGUGACACCGUGUGUCACAGGGAAGUAGCCCAUGAGUAAUUAUAGAUCUUUUUUAUUUCAAAUGGGCACUUGUAGUUUAUAGACAAACAAGGACAACUUUUCAGAACCAGGUUACUAUGUGCACAGAUACUGUGUGUACACCUCAAAGCAUUACAUAGUUAUCUUUAGUCUAUUUAUUAAGCAGAUACCUUCUUGCACUAAACUUUAUGUAAAAAUGUUGCUGUUAACUCAUCUGCAUGUGUUUAAAAUGUGACAAUGACUGCUAGAGACCCUGCUUUAUUCUGAACCCAUUAAUUUAUAACUUCUUUAGGUAUAAAAUGAAGUUUAUUGUGCACUCAUGUUUUCCAUCUUGCAUGGAAUUAAAUAUUUGUAUGUAGAAAAUGGUUUGUUCCCUUUCUCUCCACUUAUAAGCUAUUUUAAGAGAGGUUUAGGAAGUGUUUUUGAUGUUUUCUGAUGUGGAAAACUGAGCAGAAAUUUCCGUUAGAAGUGUUGGCUGGUUCAUGGAGAUACUCAUUGCUGUAGGACUGUCUGGUCAUUUUAAUUCUCACUAACUUCUGUCUUACUGGUAGAGUAAUUCCUUUUUAAACACCGGGCAUGCUAUGCCAAUACAACCCCGGCACACUAUUUCCCUAAGGCAAACUGUCUUUCCCUGGGAAGCUGUUGGCAUGUGCCCUGCACAGAGCUACAGAAUGGGCAGCGCAGCCUUAUGGAACUAGUCUGCAAGUUUUCUGCUCCUUUAGUCCUCCUCAGAGGUAAAACCCCCUUUGUCUGUGAUGUGCUCUUUCCUAAUCGACUACUUUAAGUGGUUAAUAUGUCAUCCCCAUCCGUUUUCAGAUAUGUUUACAAGCCAAUUCAAAACACUGACCCAUUCAUUCAUCUUCAGCGCAUAAGCUUAGAUUUCUUCUUACAUGGAAGAGUUGAUCUUAUUAACACCUGAUCAUAACUGUCUAUAUUGUAAAUAUAAGACUUUGUAUAAAUGCUCUUUUUGAGAGCAUGGUAUUUAAAUGUUUUUAAAACUGUAAAAGAACAGUUCUAGAAACUCUAUUUUAAUAAAAUCCAUGAAAUUACAGUUCUAGAUGAAGGAAAAAAAAAGGGGAAGGUAAAAUCCUGGCCUACUGCAAUCAGCAGCUGUUAAGCAGUAGACUCGAUCAGUGCUUUCCUGGGGCCAGAGCGUUCCCAGGGAGUUCUGAUUUACUGAUCUCUCAUCUUUAGCUAUCUUACUUUCAUACAAUUUGUCACUUAGAAGUGUAUAACCUUAAGUUCAUAAACCAUGGGAUGUCAGUCCGAGUUCUUUAAUGUUCUUUUUUGUAUGAAUGACAUGUCAGUAAUAUAUUAACUUGUACAUAAAGAUGACUUCACUACUGUUCGUCCUGUUGUGGUCGUAUUGAGCUGCAGUAGUUGGCUUUCUUCAUUUGUAGAAUUAAACAUUCCUGUUUCAUGGUUGUAAACUUUUAUAAAUCUCUUUGGGUUUUUUUGGUUGACCCAAAUAUAAUGUAAGUCUUAAUGACAAAACGAGUGAAAAUGGAUGUGAAACCAGUACGUGGUAUUCGUAAACCUCGGUAGUAGUAAGCGUGCACUGCUCUAGCUGCUGCUGCAUGUACCCCCCAUUCACUAGCAUGAGUCUGUUUAGCUUCUGUAUAAAUGCUCAAACUGUGAAUUGAACAGCAGAAGGUGUGGGUAUGGUUGCUGAGAACAAGCAGAAGGAGCCUCAUUACAAAACCAAACCCAAACCAUCGCUGUAGGUGAGUUCCCCCAUCGUGCUUGUUCUGCCAGUCUGCCUGAAGGGGCCAGGUCUGGCAGUUGGAGAUUCCAAAUGAUCAAAUCCCAGCACGCAAAGAAUCUGCCCAACUAAUUCAGUUCCAGAAUCGUUAGUGACUGUGCCUGUGCUGCACCCACCCCCCCACGAGCAGGAACAUUCCAAGGGACGCAUUCUGACUACAGUCAUUGUUAAAGCUCCAUGCUGCAGGGAGGGAACUCAUCGUUUCUGUGAGACUUUGCUCCACAGAGCUAAGUAUUACUAUAAGCUUGACUUGCCCUAAGUUUACGUGAAGCAUUAGUACUCCAGGACUCAUCACUGUGAUUCCUACAGUGAGUGUUCAGCUUUAAUACUCCUCUUACAUCCCCGUAGCUUGUCUGUGUGACAGAGCCUUUAUUAACUGUAUCUCUUGCAGUAUUUCAACUGGAAAAGUACAAGUGCACUGUCACUUCAGUUAUUCUCAUGCCAGUGUUUGGUUAUUGAAGAGCCAUUAUACAACACCUAUGAUUUUGGUCUGUGGUAUUUAACAUCUGUAAUGUAUUAGAAAUAAGAAGAAACUCAACAAAAUCUCAGCUAUUCCCUGUUCCCCUCCGCUCUGUGAACCAAGUUUGCACAAUUAUUUAGUAACAUGAAACCUGUUAUACUUUAUAUAUCUAUAUAUUUAAACUUGCUUAUUUAAUAAAACUGAGAGCCAUUGGA